AUGCCAGGAAACGCCCGGGAAUGUCCACUGUCCGACUCUGGAAAUUAUCAUGCAUACAAUGGACUCCGGAAUAGGUGUUAUCUGCUACUCGUUAGGCCUAAGACUUACAUCUUUUCCUCUCCAUAUUCUCAAUUUGUUUCCUCUCCUGGGCUUUUAGUGAACAGCCCGACAAUGAUGCUCCAUUUAGGCCUCUUGCCUUAUACUAUGAACUUCGUCAGCCUCACGACAAUCGGAUUUAUCACCUUCCAGCUUGAACCAUAA